AUGGCGGCCACCUCCUCGGCCAUGGCCCCGGCUCUGACUGAAGCCACCGCAGCCCCCACGGCGGCCGGGCCCCGCGCCCGCGACUUGCUGUGGAGGCCGGAGGCAGGAGGCCGUCUGGGAGAUCCUGGGCCUGAGCAAGAGCCGUCUCUGGAGGGGGAGGCGGCUGCGCUGCGGGGUCGGCAGGCAGCGCUGUGGGGCCGGGCGCGGAGGCUGUGUCGCCGGCUGCAGGUGGUUCGGGCUCGGCAGGUGGAGCGGCAUGUCCGACAGCAGCUGGCCGGUCUCUGGCGUCACCUAGCCCCUGGAGCCGAGCCGUCUUCACCGUCGCUACCGGCCCCCCCGCCCGCCGCCAGGGCUGCGGAGCUGCAGCGUUUGGUGGGCAGCGCCACCGCCCUACUCCGGGCUGUGCAGCGGGACUGCGACUCGGACGCGACGGAUACGGGCAGUGGCAGCAGCUGCUGCAGCAGUGGUAGCAGCAGUAUUGGCGGCGGCAGCAGCAGUAGCAGCAGUAGUAGCAGCAGCAGUAGCUGCAGCAGUAGCAGCUGUUCCUCCAGCGGGGAGGAAGAGGAGGAAGAGCCGGCGCUCCAGAGGCAUAUAGGACCGGGGCAGCCUCCGCGCUCGCCACCACCGACGCCUGCACCCGCAGGGUAUCCUAAAGCAGAGUGGCAGUGGGCACUGGAAAGAGCAGCAAUUAUAUGUCGAUGGACAUGGCUUCAGGCUCAGGUCUCUGACCUGGAAUAUCGAAUAAGGCAACAGACAGACAUCUACAAGCAACUCAGAGCCAACAAGGGUCCAGUUGUUCUUGGUGAAGCCCAACAGCCUGAAGAUUUAUUAAAACAGCAGUGCAAAAUGACUGGUUCGUUGAAGGUGGAAAACUCCAAGGAGAAUUGGAGACUUGAUUCUACUCCAUGUAGUUAUUCUCUUGAACUUCCUAAUGUGGAUAAACAGAAUCCUCAACUCAUGCAAUCAUUGGGAAGUCCUUUAUACCCAACUCCCUCCUUUCAGCCCGUCAAUGGAACUUCUAGCCUUCCAAAAGACCACACAGCAGCACGCCAUAUCAAUGGAAUGAUCAACUGUUCUCGAUCAAAUUCCUUGGAUAGCAACUCUCAUACUGAAGAGACACUCAGUAAACGGAAGCGAAUGGAUUCUCCAGCCACCUCCCUCUCACCCUAUGACAGCAGUUGUAUUGCUGCCCGAAUCCGCCCUCUGUGCAGAUACAGGAAGCGUAAGCUGCUCCGGACCAAUGCAGUCUCAUACCUCAGUAGAAAGCCACAGAAACCCCUUACCGUGAAGUGCAGCUGUGAAUGGCCUCAUACUUGUAUCUUAUGUGAAUGUAAGACAUCUGUGAAGCCUAUAGAUGUCAAUACUAUGACAUUAAAGGAACGAAUUGCAGUGUUGGAUUCCGGCUUCCAUCCUAUUCUCUCACUUCCUCAUGGUAGCCCUCUUCACUUGCACUUUGAAGCACUUCUAAAAGAGGAUCGACUAACCUAUGAAGCUUUGAAAAUGUCUCCACUUAUAAAAGGUUCCCAGGUUCUCACAGCUACAUACCCAGUGCUAACGCCAUCAUCUCUCAGCCCAACCAAUUUACCUCUUACAGAGGGAAGACACCUUAAAGGAUCAGCAACCAGCCCUAGUUUGUUUGCCUCCAGCCCCCAGACAGUGAAAUCCAGCACUUUGGAGCACAGUCUGUCACCUUAUCUUGUUGAUAGUUCUACAGCACCAACCUCCAGCCAGCCUUCAACUAGUUCUGCCUUGCAAACUUCAAAGAAGAAGAGAUCAGAAAACUCCUAUGAUAUCGAUAACAUUGUGAUUCCUAUGUCCAUGGCAACUGCUACUCGAGUAGAGAAAUUACAGUACAAAGAGAUUCUGACUCCAAGCUGGCGUUUAGUAGAAUCAAAAGAACAAAAGAUAUUAAAUCAGAUGGAUUCAGAGUUAGAAGACACAUCUGAUGAUGCUUAUCGGAAUCGUCACACUAAGUAUGAGGAACUUGAGAGGGCCCGCUGGGAUUCCUGGACAGCAGCUGCUAUUUCCCAUAGGCGAGGGAACAGCAGGUCUUCCAAUAAAGGUGAUGGCCGAGGAACUCAGCCUGUUCCUGCUUCAAGCCUAGGAAUAUCCCAGCCAGUAUCUCCAGAUACAGCAUAUCAUAAUUUUAAUGAUCUGGCCCACUCUUCUACUGGAAACUCUAGCCCUGAACCUUGCAGCUUGUUGCAGUCUCUUUCCAUCAAAGACAGGACUCGAGUGCCAUCCUCUUGCAGUGAAGACACCUGUUCUUCUACUACUGAUAUUGUUGAUGAUGCAGCACAGAUAAUCCAGCCCUGGGAGCGCCGUACAUUUCCUCUUUCAGACACAUCUUGUCAAGCUCUCUUGGAUCAACCUAAUAAGCUACUGCCUCCUGUCCCAAAGCCAUGGUGUUCAAGCAGAAAGCCCAGCCCUAGGACUCACAGCAGCCCCCCAGAAUCUCGCCCCAUUCCCAGCAGUUUGCCUGAAGGGCACUUUCAAGCUAACAGCAGCAGCUGCAUUGAGGAAUUCACAAGCCACGAAUGCUCAGCUAGGCUUCUGAAGAACAGAUGA